AAAAAAAGGUUGAUUCAAGUCAUCUUGUCAAAAUGAAGACUGGUCGUGAAAAUAUUAUGGCUUAUUGGGCUAUGAUUAUGGCUCUGGCCUUUGCUGCUAAUGGUGUUCGUGCAGGGUGGGAGUAUGCCCAUGCAACCUUCUAUGGUGAUAUGAGUGGCGCUGACACCAUGAUGGGAGCUUGUGGUUAUGAAGAUCUAUUCGAACAAGGUUAUGGUCUUGCAACAACAGCGUUAAGCACUGCACUUUUCAACAAUGGGUCGGCAUGUGGGGCUUGCUUUGAACUAAGAUGCACAGAUUCACCGUGGUGCAAACAUGGGGCAGGCUCAAUCCGAGUAACAGCCACCAACUUCUGUCCUCCUAACUAUUCCAAAACCGAAGGGGUUUGGUGCAACCCACCACAGAAACAUUUCGAUCUCUCCAUGCCAAUGUUCCUCAAGAUUGCAGAAUACAAAGCUGGGAUUGUUCCUGUUUGGUAUCGACAAGUCAUGUGUUACAAACAAGGUGGGAUUAAGUUUAAGAUAAAGGGAAAUCCGGACUGGUUACUUGUGCUUGUGUAUAAUGUUGGAGGUGUUGGCCAAGUUGCUGAUGUGAAGAUCAAGGGUUCCAACAGUGGUACUGGUUGGAUACAAAUGACAAGAAAUUGGGGCCAAAAUUGGCAGACAUUUGAGCGGUUGGAAGGGCAAAGCUUGUCUUUCCAAGUGACUGCUUCUGAUGGUAAGGUUUUGCAGUCUGAAAAUGUUGCACCACCAAAUUGGCAAUUCAAUACGGCAUAUGAGGGACGUAGGAAUUUCAAUUGAUGAUCAUGAUAAUAGGGAUUUAUUAUUUGGAAAUAAAAAAGAAUAAUCUACUUAUUUAUGUAUGGUAAUUUGGGGGAUAUUAUGAAUUAUUAUGGAAUAGAUCUCUUCAUUUGGAAAAGAAUCAUCCUAAUGUCUUUCUAUGGAAUUGAUUGUAAUGGCAA